AACAAAGGAUCUUUAAUUGACUUAAGUGCAGAUGGAAAAAGCCAUUAGGUCAACUCUUCAUUCCAAAGUCUACCCUGUUUAUGUACAUUAACUUGCAAAUUCUCCUUUGACUUUGCCUAAUACACUCCAAAUACCUUGUUAUUUAUUCUUGCACACCUUGUAAUAACUGCUACAAAAACCUUAACGAUCACAACUUCUCUCCUCUCUCUCUUUCUCUCCCAUUAUGGGCGUUGUUGAUCAAAAGAGCAAGAAAGAAGAAGAACACCCAAUGAUCUCAAAGCCCUCGAGAUUGGUUCUCUUACAAAAGGGUUAUCAUCUCUUAAGCUCACUCGUUUUCAUCACUGGUUUCUCAAUUGGUCUCGUUCUUUGUCUGCAACUAAGAACCCUCAACAUGUCGACUCCCAAGACACAACAACAACCCUUAUGGUCCACAUUACUAUUCAACCACACAUCAACGGUUGAGACUAAACAAGAGUUACAACUACAAGUACUUCAACACAACAUGAGUGAUCAAGAACUCUUCACAAGGGUCUCCUCAUUAUCAUCAUCACCAUCAUCAUCAUCAUCAUGGUUUGGGUGGAGACAUAAUAAUGACGAGAAGAUGGUUGUGAAAGUGGCUUUCAUGUUCUUAACAGGCGGCAGACUCCCAUUGGCUUCUUUGUGGGAUAAGUUCUUUGAAGGACAUGAAGGGUUUUAUUCCAUAUAUGUGCAUACCCAUCCAUCUUUUCAAGAUUAUUACCCUGAAACAUCCGUCUUCUACUCGAGAAGAAUCCCAAGCCAGGCGGUCUAUUGGGGAACAUCAUCAAUGGUAGACGCAGAGAGAAGACUAUUAGCCAACGCUCUCCUCGACGAAUCAAACCAAAGAUUCGUCCUCUUGUCCGAUUCUUGCAUCCCACUUUUCAAUUUCACAACCAUCUAUGACUACUUAACCGGUACUAACCUCAGCUUCAUCGGCUCAUAUGACGACCCAAGAAAAUCCGGUCGAGGCCGGUACAACCCCAAAAUGUUUCCUCAAAUCAAUAUCACACAUUGGCGAAAAGGAUCACAAUGGUUUGAAACCACACGCGAGCUAGCUCUUCAUAUAAUAUCAGACACGGUUUAUUACAAGGUAUUCGACCAGCAUUGCAAACCGCCUUGUUACAUGGACGAACAUUACAUCCCGACUCUCGUUCACAUGUUGCAUGGAGAGAUGAGCUCAAACCGGACGUUAACUUGGGUUGAUUGGUCGAAAGCCGGUCCACAUCCUGGCCGGUUUAUUUGGCCUGAUAUCACCGAUGAGUUUCUUAACCGUAUCCGAUUUACAGAGGAGUACUGUGCGUAUUAUAGUCGUGAUGGUGAUAAUAUUACAACUUCGAAAUGUUUUUUAUUUGCGAGGAAAUUUACUAAAGAGACUUUGGAACCUUUGUUAAGAAUUUCCCCUGUAAUUCUUGGCUUUGGUCCGUAAUCACUUCAGUCUUUGUAAAAAAAUAUUCAAUUAGUAAAUAUUAUUAUGCCAAUAAAGCGAUAAUAUUUAGAAUU